AUGGCCCAGCGCAACGCGAGCGCUGUUCCCUGUGGAGGGGAAACGGCUCCUGGGGCUCCUUCAGGAGCGAGGCCUGCGCCCGGCAAGCGCCGUCUGCAUAGAGGCCCACGGCUCUCCGCGGCUGGCCCCGGCUGCAGGGCUUCUCCAGUCCGUGUGCCAGGACGGGAGGCGGGUGGGCCCUGGGAGGGUGACCGGCAUUUUCCCGGAAGGGCAGGGGCCCCUGGAUCCUGUAUUAGGUACUGUCCAGGGCCGCCCGUCCCCAAGGAGAGAGGAACUUUGCCCUGCGGGCCUCAGGGCGGAAGGUUCCCGGGUGUGGCCGCUACGGCCGCUGUGGGGCCCCUCCCGCCCCCCGGGCGGCCCCAGCCCGUCCGUCCGCCCGCCCGGCCUCGCCCCCCCCGCAGGCCCCGCCCCCCCGCAGGCCCCCGCCGCCGCCGGGGCUGCCCUCCCGAGCGCCUGCCGGGGCGCGGCGUAGCCGUCCGGUUCCUGGCUCGGGGCCGCGGCGCCGCCCGCCGCUGCCGAGCUCUGGGCCGCGGGCGCCGGCGCCUCCCGCGGGGCGCGUGGUGGUGUGGCGCGGCGGGCGGGGCAGGCGGCGGGCGGGGCGGCCCCGGCGCGCCGGGGUCCUGCGCGGCGGCGGCGGCGGGCGGGCGGAUCGGUGUCUCCUUCACUUCGCCCUCCAGUGCCCGCGGCUGCAGCAGCGCGGCCUCCGCACGGCCCCACCCGGCAGCCACCGGCCCCGGCCUCGCUCCGACGCCCGCCCGCGACACGCAGGUGCCGGUCUCGGCCGCGACCGGCCCCGCGGGGCAAGGGGGGGCGGGCGGGGCUCGCCCGGCGGCAAACGGGUCUGGGGCCGCGUGGGCCGGGGGUGGCGGGGCCGCGGGCGAGUCCCAGCGCUCCCGGGUUCGGCGGGGCGGGCGGGGGGCUCUCCGCGCGCGCUGCCCUCGCGGCCCCGCGGCCGGGCUCGGGUGCGCGAGGCGCCGAGGACGGGAGGGUCAGGCCGGGAUGCCCAAGAUGGCCGCGCCGAGCGGGUCGGUUCACCUUGCGGCGGGGCGGGCGGCGCGCCUGGCGCUGGGCCUGGGGCCACCGCUCGGCCCGGCCCGGCCCUGCCCUGCCCUUCCCGGGCUGCGGCCGCAUCCCCUCUCUCCCUUCGCUGCCCUUCCACUCUGGGAGGCGCUGCUUUACUACCCCCGCUAUCGCUUCCUGAGCCCGAAGUCCAUUUCCAGACCUUGUCCUUAA